GUGACAUUUGACAGAUAGAUACAAAACGUAACGUUAUUGUUCUCUUACUUACCUGUCAUACACUCACUAUUCCGUUCAUUUAUUUUAUUUAUAUUCUUAAUCUCGCAAUCUCAUCGCAAAAUUGCGUAAAAAUGGCAAAUACUAUUAAGCCACUUUUUUGCAAAGAAAACUGCAGCUGAAAGUCAUUGAAUUGUGUUGCGAAUGAAAAAUGUUUCGAUGUAAAUCCAAGAAAUACAUAAACAAAUAACUGAAAUCAAAUUCAUACGGCAUGUAUUUUACUAUUCACAAGAGCUUUGAUGUCAAUUGGUGAACAUGCACCGUUUAUGUUUGUUUGGCAUUUUAAAGUAAACGUAAAAACCAUAUAUAUAAAAUAACAAUGUUCAAAUACAGCAUAUUUCAUAUACGAAUCAAUAAAUAAUGGAACAGAAAGGAAAAUGAAUCGAAGAAUGGAUCAGGAAUUGUAGAGUAAUGGAAUAGUAAUUUUUAAGUAAUUAUGUGUCUGAACGUACUCAAAUUUUACGAAUACAUGAUGACAUAAAACUAACUUCACACCAGAGUGCAAAUUCAAAACAGUCAAUGGAUACUUCUUCAGUUGUGAAGAUUUUUAGUUGUAACAAAAAUGGACAUGAAAGUUGAGUUUAAAAAACAAUUAAACCAAAUAGAGAAGCUAGACCAUUUUGUUGUGCUCUAUGGAAAGAAAGGAGAACUUUAUCACGAUUUACUGAAACUUAAAGAUCAAACUCAUGAAAUAAAAUGUGUUUUGUUCACGUGUCUAAGAGUUUUGAAAGAAAUUCAAAUUAAAAAUCAUAAAAAAUUCAAAGCAUUAAUAGAAAAUUCACAAAAUCAACAAAUAUUGUUAUUACAAGUGUUGGAAAAAAUUAUUUUCCCAACUAACAAUGCAGAUUUAACAAAUGAAAUAGAAGAAAUAAAUCUUUGCUCUUUGGCCGAAAUUAGUAACACACCAUGCAAGCUUCCAGUCUUCAAAUCUACAGAACAACCAAUAAUGAAACUCGCUGACUACGUGAAGUCACCAUAUGCUACCAAAUUGCGUCCUCCUUCAAUUCAAUUUUCUGAUUUUGAAAAAAAUAUUUGUGUGGAAGAAUUUAUGAAAAUUCCAGGAUACAUGCGGGGUCGAGAAAUCUUGGAAGAAAUACAACAAUUUUCUGAUUCAGUUAUAAUCAAAUCCUUUACAAUAAAAUAUGCACUGAUUUCAAAGCGAAAAGAGGCUGUUACCUCAACAGAAAUGGAUUUAUAUAAUUUAUACAAAUCGCAAGAAGAAUAUUUCAGAGGUUCUAAAUUUAUAACUCAAGGCGAUAUUUGUCGAUUGACUGACAAACAAAUGGAUAAAAAAACUAUGAAUAGAAUUUGCAUUUUGAGACAUUUGAAGGUUAUCCGAGAAGAAAGAAAAAAUGCAGCAAUUUGUUAUAUAUGGAAAAUGGCGAAUCUCUUCAAGCCAUCCAUACCAGCGAAGGGAGAAACGAAGGGUGAGAUUACCGACGAUGAAAUGUGCGCUGAAGACAAUCAUUCGCCCACAAUUCCAGCAAUCAUUAAUGUGCAAAAUAACUGACCUGAUUUUGCAAGCCACUUCAAUUUGCUUUUUGGGCUCAUUGCUGUUCGAGUUGCAAAAGGCGUACGAACAUAGGCAUUGAGAAUGAUGAUUUCGCAUUCUUUGGUGAAAGUGGAAAAAAAGAUCCAACUCUACUUUAACCAAGUGCAAUGGCAUAACAAUCAGCCACCGAAACCGAAAAAGUCGAGCCACAAACCACAAGGAACAAAGCCACGAGGACCACGAGCAGAGCUGCCAAGUAUCGAUUGGCCCAACAACAAAGAUUUCAGCAAUGGCCCAAAGCACUUGGCCAAUCAAUACACAGACAACGUCGUCAUCAAUUCAACAACGCAUCCUAACAAACACAUCACCCAGUACUUGAAACUGAAAGUGUUCGAAUUGAACACAGACAGAUAAGAGGACGCAGACAAAUUUUUGCCAAGUGACGUCAAAAGUGUUUUGAAACUGAUUAUCAAGCAAAAAGAUAUCAAAGUGCCAACUCACGAUCCAAUUAAACUCGAACGAUGUGGCGUGCUGUAUGAAAUGGUGAACGACCUGAAUGUGUUUCCAGAAGUCUCUCGCACAACAUUGGUUUAAGGCCAUGCCAAUGUUCAUAUCUAUGCAAAGAGAGAUAGAAGAAUACAAUUCGAUGUGGCCACAUCAGCACCGACCCAAACGGAAGAAAAGAAAGCGCAAAAAGUCAAAAGGGACACUCAAGCGAUAUCUCAAGCGCAAACAAAUGUUCGACGAUCCAAAGUUUCGGCCAUUCAUACGGAAUUUAGCAAUGGUGCCGAUGUGUGAUUUUCGCCGAAAAUACUUCAAAAUCGACUGUUCAAGCAUGAACCAGGUGUUGUCUUCGCAAAAAUUGCUGCCGAAAGUAGAAAUCGAGAAUAAAAACGAAAAAACAAACAUAGCAAAUAUUUUACCAAAGGAUUUCAAUCAGGCGCGUGAUUAUUGGUGGAAUCAGUAUUUCUACGUGCGGAAAAUUCGGCGAUUCGCGCGGAAAAAAGAAAUUUGACUUUUCCAUAAACACCGAUGGAAUCGCUACAGUACUCGGCCAAGAAGAAGACAAAUAACAAAGAAAUCGACCGUUCUCACAUUGUUCAAAUGAUUAUGGAUGGCAAAUUCAAAAAUUUUGGAAUACCACAGUAACACACAACAUUGAAAGUGGCAAAGAAGUAAGUUUUGUAUACAUUUAUGUUGUAUUUGUUUCAAUUGAAAAUACAUUGCGUAAGUGCCAAAAUUCGAUAACUAUUAAUUUUUUUAUUUAUUUUCAGAUCAACUUUGUAAUUUCGAGCAAGCAGUUCCACUGUCAGACAGGUCUAAAUGUGCGAAAUGCCAAAGCAAAGCAUUGGACAAAGAUUUCGUCCAAGAGGAGCGCCUAGACAGAGAAAACAGUGAAAUUUACCCUGUGAUGCCAUCGCCAAAAGGGCCACAGUGGCUGAAUUACAUAAUGCACCGAGUCAAGAUGAUGAAGCAUGGGAUCUGCGCUUACUCGACUGUCAAGUACACUUGACUCGCCUUGGACAAACACAUCAAAAGCAGUAGUGUUGUCGACAAUUGGGUGGAAAAGGUUUCCGAUAAGCAACCGACUGAGUUCUUUUUUAGUGCUGAUAGCGAAAUACCACCUGACAGCCCAAUAAGUAUCAAAAAGCACGUGCGCUGUCCAGGGUUUCGUAAGACUUUGAGGUCAAUAAAGAAGCGCCGAAAUUGUGUCAUAGUGCCUUUGGACGAAUGGGGAACAUCUCAAACAGACGCAAGAUGUAUGAAGCGAUUCCAAAACCAGAACAAAGCCGCCAGAUUCAAGAGAUGCCGAUGCAAACCCGACGCCAGAACAUUGCUGUCACCAAAAAUUGUGUCAAAUUUGGGCAAGACCAUACAUACGCGAGAGGGGGAAAACUUUUCAUACUUCUGGUUUGAUUUUUUUGUGGCAUGAAAUUUCAAAAGAGGAGACAUUUCUAGGGUUAUCGCUCUAUCGAUUUGCAUCGUUGAUUUUUUCAUCCGACCCCCCCAGGGGCAAAUCACCAUUUGCAAAUAUUCUGUAUUUGCAAAAAAUUUGCGUAUUUCCGAAGAUAUUUGCAAGUUUUUUAAUAUUUGUACACAUUUGCAAAUAUUUGCCCUGAUUUACGACAUUUGUAUACACAUGAUUUACGACUUUGUGUACUUGACUGUGUAAAUGCAGCUAAUGAGAAUAUCUCAUUUAUAACGAAAUUAAAAAAGAACUAAUUAACUUCAAGUAUAAAAUAUUUAGAAUUUUAAUAUUAUCAACUUUUUUUUAUUUUUGUGUCCGAAAUAUUAAAAUUAUGCUGAAAUAAAUAUAAUAUUUCUAACUUAACCUAACUUUCGCUUUGCAAAUGUGAAAAAGCUUUAAUUUGUGCGGCGAAUUCACUACCGUCUCCACUAGACAGUUUAAAGUUAUUACGUGCAACCACGUUCAACAUUUGCAAAGCGAAAGUUAGGUUAAGUUAGUAAUAUUAUAUUUAUUUCAGCAUAAUUUUAAUAUUUUGGACAACAAAGUGAAAAAAAAAGUUGAUAAUAUUAAAAUUCUAAAUAUUUUAUACUUGAAGCGACUUGAAGUUAAUUAGUUCAAUUUUAUUUAAGACAUUUCCAACAAGCUAUCUAGAAGGCGAACAAUGCCGCAUUUUCGAUACAUUUGUAUAUUUGCUUAAUAUUUGUUGAAUUUGCGAUACAUUUGCUGCAUUCAUUGAAAGCACAGCAUAUUUAUUCAAAAAUGAUGCAUUUGUUUUCGUGAUUUGCCCCUAGCGACCCCCCUUCCCCUAUUUUGGGGGGCCUAUGUUUAUGUUUUUACCCCCAAAAUAUAUACAGACUUCCAUUUCAAUAUCAAGAUGUAAAACACCACAUGAACCUUCACCCCUACCUAGGGGACUUUUUAGUCCUCUAUCGGUUGGCACUAUCGGUUUUGACCCACUCUCGUACCCCUCCCCCCUAGCGGUGUGUUCUGGUUUGUAACUUCAUACCCAUAUUUAAGGUCUUUGAAGUGGAAAAACACCUAUGACCUUCACCCAUACUCAGGGUAUUUUUCAGUGCUCUAUCGAUUGACAUCAUUGGUUUUGACCCUCCUCACUUUCUGGGGCUACCUAUUUUUCUUACCCCCGAAUAUUUAUAGACUCCCAUUUGAGUGUCACCCCCAUGGGAAGUCUCCAUACAAAAUUUACGAAAAUUUUAAAACAUACCCCAGUAUUUUUGAAAUAUAAUUAUAUAUAUUUUGAAUACCCCAGGAAAGCAUUAUUUCAUUUUGAAAAGAGUUUCUUGCUUCGGGAAGUGUCAAUAUCAAUCGAUGUUUUACAUUAAUGCUACAAUUUGAAACCGAAUUUUAUGUUUUUUAAAUUGAAAGAAACCAUUUUUUAUUUACAUGGGAAACACCCUACUGUAUAGAUUAUCUUUAACUUUUUAUAUUCCCAUAUAUGUUUUCUGAGACACAUCAUCGAAUAUUGAAGCCAGGCAAGAACGAUCAAUGUAAUAUUCAUUCAAUAGCUUGUUAUGUUGGUGAUUCAAGUGACGUUAUGUUAUUAUCUGAUGUACACAAUGGUCUGCGUAAGAAAGAGAGCUUUAUAUUGUAAGUAGCUAUAGUAAGUAGUAGUUUGUAAGUACCUGCAUAAGCCAAUACGAACUAAUCCUACAGGUACUGACUUCAUAAUAGAAACUGCUUCAUCUAAGCUGCAACCUUGAAUAUCGUGUUCACCCACAGAAAUUAUACGGUCACCAGGGAAUAUUAAAUUAUUUUUUUCUGCAGAUCCACCUUAGAAAAUAAAAUAAAGAAUACUAGCUGAAAAAAAUGUAUAUAUAAUUUUAAGGUUAUUUUGACAAUGUGCAAUAAAAUCUUAUAACUAAUUUGAAAUUAA